AGGAGGAGGGUGUGCUGAGUUAUCCAGACUGAGAAGUCGCUGUACGCAAAGGGAAACAGAAAACUUCCACAAGAGGAUUCACUCUGGAUCUUUUCGGGAUAAUAAUGAACUAUACGACGCUCGUGUGUGCACAAGUUCAAAAUACGGACUUUUGACUUCACUUUGGACCGGAGCCACGUUUUAAAAUUUACUGCAGUUCGCACAGACAUUCUGCAAAUCUCGCUGCUCUACUGCGAUUUAGGCAUUUAGAAAGGUCUGUGGUGUGAUGGCUGAUGUGACACUUCCAGGGUGAGCAGCUCCUGUUUCCAGUGCUGUGACGCCCUCUGCUGUGCGGCCGAGGAAGAUUCAGGACUGGGAAAGCCAGGAUGGAGAACAUUAUCAAGGAGGGGAUGGACACUGUGAUCAUCAACCACUACAACCACUCGGGGAAGUUGGACCGACCUCGCAACGGGGGCGUCUGCAAGAUGGUGUUCCUGCUAAUCAUCUGCAUGCUCAUCAUUCUGGAGAACAUUAUGGUUCUGCUCGCUAUCUGGAGGAACAAGCGCUUCCACAGCCGAAUGUACUUGCUCAUUGGAAACCUGGCGCUGUCUGACCUUCUGGCCGGUGUGGCCUACGUGGUAAAUAUCUUUACCUCGGGGAGUAAGACCUUCUACCUGACGCCACAGCAAUGGCUGGCCAGAGAGGGAAGCAUGUUUGUAGCCCUCAGCGCCUCCACCUUCAGCCUCCUGGCCAUUGGCAUUGAGAGGCAUAUGACGAUGGUGCGUCUGCGGCCCAAUGAAACAACCGGACGAGGAAGACUCCUGGUAAUGUUGGCAGCAUGCUGGGUUGUGUCUGUGCUGCUCGGGGCCCUGCCCAGUCUGGGCUGGAACUGCCUGAACAAUCUGGAUUCCUGCUCCACAGUUCUGCCACUGUACGCUGAAAGCUACAUCGCCUUCUGCAUUAGUGUCUUCAGCGCGCUGCUGGUUGCUAUCAUCAUUCUCUACAUAAGGAUUUACCGUCUGGUGACCUCCAGCGGCCGCAGGGUGAGCAGCCGGCCCUCAGACUGCUCUCUGGUCCUGCUGCGGACGGUUGUGAUUGUUCUUGGGGUGUUUGUCGUUUGCUGGACCCCAUUGUUCGUUCUGCUCCUGCUCGAUGUCGGCUGCAGCCCGCAAAGGUGCGAGGUCCUCUACAAGGUGGACUGGUUCAUCGCCCUGGCUGUGCUCAACUCUGCCCUCAAUCCUCUGAUAUACACACUGUCCAGCAGGGAGAUGAGAGGAGCUUUCUAUAAUUUACUUUGCUGCUCUCAAACCACCAUGGAGCCAUGUGGGUCGCCUGCGUUGGGUAACCCUCCCCUAGGCACCAUUAUCCCCACACUGGAAAACAGCAGGACCAGUUUGGGUGGAGGUGGAGGCAGUGGCACUGGCAAGUCUGCUCUAAAGAGUCCUGCACCCACAAACUCCGACAAUAAACAUGCGGAUCCUUCUCCCACUACAGUGCUUCACCCGACGGGGCCGGCGGACCUGCUCUCAGCCGUGCUUGUGAAGGCGGGGGCACUGCCGUCCCUCAGCAAGUUCUGAGUGGUGUCACCUAAAAAAUAGACUAGUAUCAGAGACAUUACUUCACUAUCAGCCACUUUUGGCUUGUUUACUAUUGCUCAUGUAGCUUAUGAAACUUAGUUCGAACGGAGAAAAUCACGACGGUUGCUCAGACUACAAUAAAAAAAAAAGCCUUGUAAGCCGCUACUAACACACAUGGUUAUAAAUAUCAAAAACCAAAACAGUGAACAAAAUAUAAGUUUGAUUUUCACAGUUCUUAAAGUUAAGUAACAUUUCUAACCAUCAGAUUCAACAGGAAAGUGUCAUGCAUGUACUGAUCCAAUCUCUUCAUCAUGCUUAGUGAACAGGCACAGGUCACAGCACAUUUUACUCACUUUUCACAAUAUUUAUUCAUCAUUUCGUCACGAGCCAGCAGCAUUCAAAUGGUGGUACUUUUUAAAUGUUGUUUAAAGAAUUUUUUAGAACAUCUGAGUUUUUCAUCACUUUUAAAUUCUUUACUAUUAACUUUUAUUGAAGAAGAGGCUUGUAUGUAUUCCCUACACUGUUACCCUAUAUGUGUUUUUUGUUUGUUUGUUUCAUCCGUUUACUUAAGCCUAUUCUCAGAACCUGAGGGCUGUUUCACAAAACCUGGAUAGCGGAUUAAGCCAGGAGUUUCCAGAUAUCCUGGCUUAAUUAAGCUUAGAUUUGGUUUCACAAAAGCAGUAACUCAUAAGUUAUCAUGGUGAAGCUAACCUGCUCCAGACCAGGCUAACAGCCAGGCUUCAUAGGUUAUAACGUCUUUUUAGUUAAGGAUGGUUUCGAAAUGUAUAUUUUGGGCCAAUUACGAAACUCAAUUGAUCCGCUAUAACUUGCUACUCUAGCAACAGGGUUUGUAUUGAGCACGAAGAAAUCUGGUCUCUUGAAGAAAUCUGUGGACGCGCAUUCACCUGAAUAACUUAGGUCUGUCUCGACAUGCAGUAGCUCCACCUCCUGAGCCUGGUUUGGUCUUCGUGAAACAGAUAAACUGAUGGCGCUACAUGAAGCCUGACUUUAUUUCUUAUCCCGGAUUUUGUGAAACAGUCCUCUGGAGGUCACUUUCCUGGAAGUUUCGUUAAACGAACUGGGUAAUUUCCCAGCUAAGGUUGCAUUAUGGAGAUCACCACCUUUCAAACAUGUUGGCUACUUCUUUUAGGUAUUUUUACCUAACUUACAAUUUUCUACUUUACUAGUGAUCUAACUAUUAGCUACUUUCCAGGAAAGGUUUCUGGCAUGCUCUGGAGAGUAACAUCUGCGGUCCUGGUAAGUACUUUAUAGGUUUUGGGGAAAGUGUCCAGUAAGUUCCUUUAAAAUCCUCUUGAAUUACCUGGUAAGCUUCUGGAAAGUAUUUGAAAGUAAAUGGUAAGUUCAUUGAAUGUAAGAGCUGUAUUAUGUAGUUCUACCAACCAUUAUGGUACUUGGACUUUAUUUUACUUUUUUACCUUUAUUGUAGUAAUUUGUUGUGCACUAUGGGCGAGAAAAGUAUUGCCAGACUAGCAGCUCCAUGAGGCUGUGAUGAGUUUUACAUACAUAAAAAAUGUGGAUACAAUUUUUUUAGAUUCCUGACUUAUUUUCAGGGGGAACUUGAGGAUCUUUAAUGCUUACCUUGUCACCAGAUGUGUGUACUCCUCCUGCAGUCUGCAAGCAGUAUUUUCAUAACCACAUCUAAAGAUACUUGCUUCUCACCAGCACACGCAGAAACCACUCAUAUAUUUAUAUAUAUCACUUAACCACUUAUGAAUGAGAAUGUUGGAUGUGAAUUAUUUAAUGAUAGUAGACUGUUGUGGGUGAUGUAGUGUCUGAUAAGGCAAUAGAAAAACAAAUAAAAUUCUAUUAUCUUUUAUCAAGUU